UUUGAAGUUAGUUCUCAGCGGCGGUUGGCUUUGCAGCAGGAAUUCAGACUCCGAGUCGGACUUGGUGACCGCUGGAGCCCGAGUCUGACCCCAGUGCAAACCGGAGUCGCUUCCGACGCGCUUUAGCGGCAGUCUGGAGGAUUUGAUGCGCAAACAGCGGCUGCGGAUCAUGUCGCCUGUUUACUGAACGUGCUUCGGGCGCUAAAGUUUUGUUGUAUGAGUUGAAGGCUCCGCGGGUGGCUAGCGGGAGGGAGAGAAGGAAAGGCCCGGUGAAGCCUCGGCUUUGGAGUAGUUAUCAUGGCCGGAAAUUUUGACGCGGAGGACCGUGGGAGUUGGUACUGGGGUCGCCUGAGCCGGCAGGAGGCUGUGUCUCUGCUGCAGGGGCAGCGGCACGGCGUGUUUCUGGUCCGGGACUCCAUCACCAGCCCCGGAGACUACGUCCUGUCGGUGUCAGAAAACUCCAAAGUCUCGCACUACAUAAUCAACAGCAUCAGCAACAACCGGCAGUCCGGACCGGGUAUGAUCCAUCCCAGGUUCCGUAUUGGAGACCAGGAGUUCGAUGCUCUUCCGGCGCUGCUUGAGUUCUACAAGAUCCAUUACUUGGAUACCACCACCUUGAUAGAACCCAUCAACAAAUCCAAACAUUCCUCCUUCAUGAGCACGGGCCCUGGUGGCGGACCCCCGCCACGCUUGGAGGAUGAGUAUGUCCGAGCGCUUUUUGAUUUCCCAGGCAAUGAUGAAGAGGAUCUUCCAUUUAGGAAGGGGGAUGUACUACGAGUUCUGGAGAAGCCGGAGGAGCAGUGGUGGAAUGCCCAGAAUGCUGACGGUCGAACAGGGAUGAUCCCAGUGCCGUACGUGGAGAAGUAUCGACCUGCAUCGCCAAACUCAAUGGUGGGCCCUGGGGGGUCACCGGGUGGGAUGGUGGUGCUUGGGAACUCUGAUGGCUCUGUUGCACCGUCUGGUACUCCACUGUUGGGAGACCCCAGCCAGUACGCCCAGCCCACUCCCCUGCCAAAUCUCCAGAACGGACCUGUCUAUGCCAGGGUCAUACAGAAGAGGGUGCCCAAUGCCUACGACAAGACCGCCCUGGCCUUAGAGGUGGGCGACAUGGUGAAGGUGACGAAAAUAAACGUGAACGGCCAGUGGGAGGGGGAGUGCAAAGGAAAGCGAGGUCACUUUCCCUUCACACACGUCAAGCUGCUGGACCACCACAACGCCGAGGACGAGCUGAGCUGAGAGCGGGCAGCUGGGCCGUCACCUGGACACUAGUAUUAGACCCUUCCUCACCUCCACUCUAACACCCACCCCAGUCCCUGCUCUACUCACCCCCCCUCUCCUCUGUCAUUUACCUGCACCAAGAUCAGUCUCAAGAGAGUCCCGUAGAACAAACCGGGCCUCGCCGGGCCCCUGUGGCGUUGCUGUCGCCAACCUCGUUCAGCUCAUCGGCGCUUGAUUGAAGGAGACACUUCACUGCAGCAUUCAACCACUUCCUCUUCCUGUAUCAGAGCCAGUAGAUGGCUGCUCAUCUUUAUCGGUCGCUAUGGCAACCGCACCCCUGUGGUCAGUUCUGCUGCAUUCAUGUCAAACGGGAGUACAGUAAGGAGGUGCAAAGAUCCGUGUAGUUCUUCAUAGAUGUGGUAGGAAAGACUGAACACUCUGAAGCCAUGAUUUUGUUUGGAAGACUGUUAGCGUCAGUACCAUGAAUAUGAAGUUAAAGCCGGACCGUUUUGGCCCAGCAGGAUGGAGCAACACCUAACUGUGACUCUGGGUUUCAUUUAAAGUGAUAAGUGGAAGUUUAGAAGUUCCUCCUGGUUGUUUUUGGUUUGGUCGAAGCCAGCCCUGAGGGAACUACUACAUGCUGGAUGUAACUCUGAACAAGCAUCUGAGACGAAUCCUCGGUUUGCCCCGUAAACAACUAGCGUGCUUCGUAAAGGCUCACUACUCCUUUAGUCCCGGUGCACGGACUGGAGAACCCGUGCAUGCGUGUGAAUCCCAGCUACAUGUAAUGGAUCCUCCUUCAGCCUGUUGUUUGUAUAAACUUGUAUGUCAUAAAGCACUUUGAAAAGGCAGCAGUCCUGACUGAAGCUACAGAACUCUUCUCUGGCUACUACGUACCCAAGGUGAGGUCUAUGACGUUGUAUUUUUAAAAAGCCCGUACCUUACUGGACAUGAAUGCAGCAAUGUUUGGGGUGAGCCCAUGGCUGACAGACUGAAGCAGCAGCGUCUCAGAGUAGACAACUAACUUCAGGACGUGACCGCACUCGGUCCAGCAGAGCCAGUGCAGGCCUGCUUACCACCCAGUACCAGCUGGACCAGACCAGCAGCUGCUGACUGGACCCAGCAGAGAAGCCCUAGAGUGUGUGGAAGAGGUGGCGGUGAAGGCAACACUACAUCCUCUCCUCCCAGUCAUCCCUCGCCUCUGACCAAGCACCACCAUGUAGUUUCUGUCGGAUGGGUAGAACAUGUUGUUAUGAUGUACUGUGUGGUCCUCAUCUCAUGCUAAAUGUAGGUUUUGCUAGUUUUCUUCAUAGCUGAUUUUGUUCAGGGGUGCACAUUUUUAUUUUCUUGUUGCAUGCUGGGAUGGGCCGGCAGCUGGGCGGUGCAUCGGUCCUGGCCCCCGCAUCUUCUCACGGGCCAACUGGUGCCUGACUGAAGUGUAACAGACUGAAUGUAGGCUGCCACCGCACCAGUUAGUCAAGUUCCCUUCUCCGUUAGUCCACCCGACCUGAGAUCAGCAGGCUGCUGCGUGUUGAAGGAAGUGCAGCGAGGAGUUGAGUGGUUAUCAUGAUUUUAUCUUCACUGUCACCUCUCACCAAAAAUUCCUUUAGUACUUGUCUUUUGUGUGUUCUUCCUGCUUUAAUUGUGUCACAGGCCAAACUGAACGGUUCCUCUUUAAACUUUUUUUGAUUUUUGCCGUUUUCUUUCCAAAUAAUGAGAUUUUUGUUUUCCCAGAAAAUGUCCAGUUUGUGUUUGAUUUGCGUGUUCACUCCCAGCGCUCAACGCCCCGUGUAGCACCAGGCCCGCUCGUGUGAGUGGAAACGGGUGUGUGGCAGAGGGGGAGCUUCACCACUAAGGAACGUACUGGGAGGACGAUCCCACCAGCUCCACCUGGAGGUGCCCCUGCUGACGGGGCCACGUCUGCCACAGCUGGCAUAAGUAAAUGCUUUGUGUUUAGGGUGGUGAAAGCAUCGUCCGUUGCUAAAGUUGCCUCUUCCUGAUGGUUUAGUUAAACUUUGAUGGUUGGACCCGAGGUUUGUGGUUUCAGUGGCUGUAGGUAAACGGACUGCCGUCUUCUCUCUGAUUCUGGACAAAUGCAGCUUCCCCACCGCUCCCACGGCACCUGGCAGGUACUCCGCCACGUGAUUCCUGUCUUAUCCAUUGUGUUGCCAAUGAAACCACCAAGAAGUAUUUUUUUAGUUGCCCUGCAUGAAGUCAUUCAUUUCCUUUCAAACGAAGGAUCGGGUGGCAUGAUGCCAGUGAAAAUUGUGUAAUAUAAAAAUGUGCCAUUUUAUUACGACACUAUAUUCUUUAAAAACAAUUGAAAUGACCUUAUUUUCUGUAGCAUGUAAUGUGUUAAUAUACUAGAAAGUAAAGCCAACCCUAUGAAAUGAUUUGUUUUAUGUCUCAGUGUUUUUGAUAUGUUUUAAAUGUAUGACAAUGAAGUUAGGAACGAAUCCUUUAGGAGAGCGGCUGCUGCGUCUGCCAGCUGUGUUCAAUUCAUGAUUAAAACUUUUGCCAUCAUCCUG